GAAGCUUUAAAGAAUGGCUGGAGGACGUGGUGUUCACAAACUGAGAUAUGCGGUAAAAUUCAAUCUCUGUGGUGAGUUAUCGCCACGUUUGGAGUUAUUCUUCACGAAAGGAAGCAAAUCUUUGUGAAAAGCUGAAAACGACUGAUAUAUUGUCACUGGAUCUGAAGAGGAAGAGUGGAAUAAACACGGAAAUCAUUAAAUGAGAAGAUUUCGAGUGAUCUGCCUAGAAUCUAGGAACAUUAGUGAGUGUGAAAUACCACGGAAAUAAAAUCACCAACUAAGAUUAUGAUGGCGAGGAAGCUGUGAUUAGUCCCAGAGCGAGUUAAUCCACUGCAAUCGGUGCAUAUUUCAAGGCCAUAUGGAGGCACUGAUUGAUGAGGAAGGAAUUUUCCUGAUGCAUCGGAUACAUAUGUAAAUGUAUUCAAGUCUAAUUCUACUACCUGACCAACGUAGGCGUGGACGUCCUUGAUUUUCUCACUGUGGAAAGGAGUAUGUAAUUUUUCUCACACCACUAAAUUUAAGUGACAACUGAUGUCUGACUAAUGAAAAUAUACCUGUCAGCAGACGUCAAGAACUCAAGUAAUGUUCGUAGUAUAUACUCAGUCUACCUCGGAGACAGACGCAGCAACAAUAGACACCAUAUAUACCACAAAUACAAGGACACCCGGUCCUACCAACAGCCGGAUUCCAAAUGAUGACAUUGAGAUCAUCAUCAUCGUCAUAUGCGUCAUAGCUGUCGUCGCUCUUGUCAUACUUAUGUAUGCACUAAUAAAGAAAUUUAGGUACUCCAAACCGUUUUUAAGAUUCAUGAAUUUGACUCGAGGGAGAUCUUCCACAACUGGAAGUCACCAUCCACUGGAGCCCGAUGAAGUAGAAGAUUUUCCGCCUCCGAGAACUGAACGAGAAUUGUUCUCCAUUGGUGAUCAUGACGACAUUGACAUGCGCCGAGGAGGAGCAGCCCCAGACGAUGGCUACUACUUCGAUGAAAUUUACGAGAAAUCAGCAUUUGUGGACGAAGCCACAAAUUCUUCAAUAAAAGAACUUAAAAUUCCAACAGAAAGUGAUGAUGUGCCAGAUUUAUUGUUCAGGUCACCUCGGUAACGAACAAUUAUCGUAUAUUCAUUUAUAUUUCUUAAUUAUGUGUAUCAAUUCAACAACAUCUUUCACAACAUCGUUAUCAAAUUUACCAUGCGUACAUAGAUCAUGUUGGCGUUCUUUUUUUUUUAAAUAAAGAAAAAGUCAACACA